UUACCUGUUUUCUGUGUUGGCAUUCUUAGGAAUAAUAAGAUUAUCCAUGGAAGUUCGAUUAUUACAGUAGGCUAAAUAGACUUUCCGCUCCCGGCUCGAUAAGAGGUUUGGCUGCUUUUGCAAAAUGAGCGCUUCUCUAACUCUACCCUAACCCAGCUGGCUGUUUUGAGCCAAAGUUGCCAAAGUCUAUGGGCGGUGAUUUGAGUGUACUUGUCUUCGACUACCUGGCGGCGUUGGUUUUAUUUUCCCUCCUCUCUCUCCAUUUGAUCAACAACUUUUCUGUUAGAUCCGAGUUUCGUUAUCAUGUCUCCUCCUACUAUUCUCACUUCUCAAGCAUUCAACAUCGGCUUGAUGCUGUUUGCGAUGCAAGCAUCAAAGAAGAUCUCUUGGGAAGAUCCCGAGACGAUUCAACUGGCCCGUGCAGCUUACGGUAUCGCGCAGUUGGUAGCUGUUGCCAUCACAUAUUACUUGAUCAUGGUGGUAAAGAAGAAGAAUGAUACCACCACCUUGAGAUACGUUGUACCUGGCAAGCCUUCAACAAACGGACAACCCAGUGAGCCAACUGCGGUGGUGACAACCCAUCGAGCAUACGACAUUGAUCAGCUUCAGAAGGCUAUUCGUUCCAUCUUCACUACUGCAGUGAUGUUCUCUGUAGUUCACUUUUACUUCAAGAUCAAUCAGCCCCUUUUACUUCAGUCCAUUGUCCCCAUCAAGAAUGCUCUGAUUUCCAAAGAGGCUUUGAUCCAUCUUUGGGGAGAUGCGGCUGAAGGACCGUUGCAGCGUCCAUUCAAGGCUGAAUCACCCUUCUCCGCCUUGCUCGGUAUGGCCAAUGCUCCACUUGAAGAUGGGGCAGACAAGAAGAAGGAACAAUAAUAAGAAAGGGAAGGAAAUAAGAACACUCCCAAU